UUAGUCCUUUUACUCUACGCUUAAAAUACCUUCACCUUAACAACUGAUUCGUUUUCUUCUCUCUUUUCUCUCUCUCUCUCUUUGCAGAAGACUAAAAUCCAUUUGCUAAAGCGGUUUGUCAGCUAGCUUCUUCUCUUUCAAUCUUAUGCAGAUUUAUCAAUUAUUUUCUCCAAAUUCAAGAAAAAAUAGGACUCUAUUCGUCUUUGAUUACUUCUGCUGAACGUUGCUGGCACGUACAACAUUUGAAGCAAAAAGUAUAUACCUUGUGAAGUCGUCACAUUAAGUAAAAUGUCUUCUCCUUGUUAUUCUUCAUGAUCGGAAAAUCAGUUUUCUGAUCAAAAUUGAGAAAGUUUGAAGUUGUUGUACGGUCGAUCGGAUUUUGGAGGUGUCGCUUUCGGUCGAGGUGAAAGUAGUUGAAAAACCAGCAAAAAAAGGUUUACAAGAGGGAGAAAGCGUGCGGGUUGAAAGUUGAAACUUUUUGUGAGAUUUUUGUUCACGUGAGGAUUGUGAAAAAAUGCCGCAUAGAACGACUUACUUCUUUCCGAGGCAAUUUCCUGACCGCGGGUUCGAUGCAUCUGCAAAGUUUGUUAAUGAUGAUCACGAGAAGAAAAUCAGUACUGUCGUUGCAGAUCAAAUUAAAUCAGGAAAAUCUUCAGAUAAUGUCACAUCGAAACAGCUGACAAGUGAUCAUCGGAAAGAGACUAAUAAUAAUGCUUCAUUUUCCUAUGGGCACCGUGAUAAGAUUCACGGGAAGCAAUUGUCUGCUUUUGUGAACUGGCUGGCGGAGAAAAAUAAGAAAGGUAAAUCAAUACAGAAUCACGUGAAGAUCAAAUUAGAUGAUGUUGAUGGUGAUGAUGAACAUGAACUUUUACUUCCUGCUCCGCCUGAAGCUGUACCAGUACAUGAACUGGUUGAUUGCCACGUGGCGGAGGCGGAGCAGAAGCAACGGCAAGCAUCGACAUUUGAUCGGAAAGCUUCAUUACAGAGGUUAUCGAGUAGUGGAAGCAAUUUCAGUUGUGUGGCGAAGGGUAAUUUUGAGAGACAAACUUCGUUGCAAAGGCUAUCGAGUUGGGGAAGUACUAGUUAUGCAGGGAGUUUGUUUUCGGGGACGACGUUGGAUGGGAACUGGCCUAGUACUGGGAUUAAAGAUACGCAGACGGAUCAGUCGACGACGAGGGAAGUGGAGGAAGUGGCGGCAGCAGAGGAAGAGGUGGAGAGACUUGACAGUGAGGAUGCGUUGAUGCAGAAGUCGAAGGAGAGCUAUUACUUGCAGCUCACGCUUGCUAAAAAGCUUGUAGAGCAAGCAAUGCUUGCUUCAGGAGAGCCUAUGCUUCUGCAAGAAUGCAGAAGUACUAAGCGCCUUGGUGGUUCUUCUGAUGCUCAAACUGUGUCAUAUCGUUUAUGGGUGAGUGGUUCCUUGUCUUAUGCUGACAAAAUAUCGGAUGGGUUUUAUAACAUAUUAGGAAUGAAUCCGUAUCUGUGGGUUAUGUGUAAUGAGACAGAGGAUGGUAGACGAAUUCCAUCUCUAAUGGCACUAAAAGAAAUUGAACCCAGUGAUACAUCAAUGGAGGUUGUUCUUAUUGAUAGGCGUGGGGAUUCAAGGCUCAGGGAAUUAGAAGAUAAAGCUCAAGAAAUUUACUUUGCUGCAGAGAAUACGUUAGUGUUGGCAGAGAAACUUGGCAAGCUUGUGGCUGUGUAUAUGGGGGGCUCUUUUCCGGUGGAGCAAGGUAAUCUUCAUCAGCGGUGGAAAGUUGUUAGCAAGAGAUUAAAGGAUUUGCAGAAGUGCGUUGUGCUUCCAAUCGGCAAUUUGUCCUCAGGACUUUGCAGGCACAGAGCUAUUUUAUUCAAGAAAUUGGCAGAUUACGUAGGUUUGCCUUGUAGGAUAGCUCGAGGUUGCAAGUAUUGUGUUGCAGAUCAUCGAUCUUCUUGUCUGGUGAAAAUUGAGGAUGAUAGAAGAUUGUCAAGAGAAUUUGUGGUUGAUCUUGUUGGGGAUCCAGGAAAUGUGCAUGGUCCAGAUUCCUCUAUCAAUGGAGGUGUAUUGGCUCCUGUUCCUUCACCACUUCAAGUAUCUCAUCUGAAGGAAUAUCAGCAGCCUUACGUGGAUAGUGACAUAAGUAAUCAGUUACUGCUGUCAAAUGACACAUUCGGUCCUGCAGAAAAUGCUUUGCAUACAGACCCCCACAUUGAAGGUGAUCAUAUGAGCGAAUUUGCUGUCAGUGAUAAGCCAAAGUUGCCAAAUGAUGCACUGUGCCGCUCUUAUCAAGCUUUGGAAGUUGAACCAUCCGAAGUUCUUGUUGCUGCUGAAACGGCGGGAGAUGAGUAUUCUAGACCAAGAGAAGAUAAAAUCAUUAUCAGGCAGACUUACAAAAAGGAGGUUGUGCUAUCCAAAAAGUCUCCAAUAUGCCCUGGCAAACCGCCAAAAGCAACUCUAUUAGCUAAUAUAGAUGCAAUGGAGGCAGGAGGUAGAACAGGGAAGCGUGAGAAACCGGCUGCAACAAAUCCCAGAUACUUGAAUCUUGAGCCUUCUCUUGCAAUGGAUUGGCUUGAGAUCUCAUGGGAUGAAUUACAGAUGAAAGAGCGUGUUGGUGCUGGUUCAUUUGGGACAGUACACCGUGCUGAAUGGCAUGGAUCGGAUGUUGCCGUCAAGCUGCUAACUGUCCAGGAUUUUCAUGACGAUCAGUUAAAGGAGUUCCUAAGGGAGGUUGCAAUUAUGAAACGUGUUCGUCAUCCAAAUGUGGUGUUGUUCAUGGGAGCUGUUACCAAGCGGCCGCAUUUAUCGAUAGUAACUGAAUAUUUGCCUAGGGGAAGUCUCUACCGUCUGAUACAUAGGCCAGCUGCUGGGGAAUUGUUGGACCAGAGGAGACGUAUCCGUAUGGCUUUGGAUGUGGCCAAGGGUAUCAAUUAUUUGCAUUGUCUGAACCCACCCGUUGUGCAUUGGGAUCUGAAAUCUCCUAACCUGUUGGUUGAUAAAAAUUGGAAUGUAAAGGUUUGUGAUUUUGGUCUGUCGAGAUUUAAAGCAAACACGUUCAUAUCAUCAAAAUCAGUUGCUGGAACUCCUGAAUGGAUGGCCCCAGAAUUUCUGCGUGGGGAGCCCUCAAAUGAGAAGUCUGAUGUCUAUAGCUUUGGCGUGAUAUUAUGGGAACUAGUGACCAUGGAACAGCCUUGGAAUGGACUGGGCCCUGCGCAGGUUGUUGGUGCUGUUGCUUUCCAGAACAGGAGGCUCACUAUCCCACAGAACACUUCUCCAAUGUUGGCAUCUCUUAUGGAAGCCUGCUGGAAUGAUGACCCAGCACAACGCCCAUCCUUUGCGAGCAUUGUGGAUACAUUAAAGAAACUACUGAAGUCUCCACUACAGUUGAUUCAGAUGGGAGGAAAUGUUAAGAGUUAGAUACUCUCCACUUAUUUUGAAGAAUAAAUUCAUCAUAGUUCCUAGAUAUAUAACUACUUAAUACUGACGAAGUUUGGAAAACCACAAGGUUUAUGUCCAACAAUUGCAAAUAUGUUGGCUAUCUAACUUUUUGAAUGAUAAACAAGUCUCUGUCUGUUCUAGGGGAAAGAGGCAUUUCUUAAGUUGUUUUAUUGCAGAACCUGGACCACGUCAGUCCAGUAUCCUGCAAAUGUGAAAUAACUAGAGGCUGCGACUGUAGUAUUCGGGAAGAAUAUUCCCGUAUAAGUCGCAAUUAUGUUGUAUCCAAGGAAAGCAUUCUUGAGAAAAGUUGAUAUAGCAGAAUUGCAAGCCACUGCAAUAAUAUAGAAGAGAUUCAGUUAUUUAAGGUUCUCUUUGAGCAUUGUCUAUGUUUUUGUGUACUGCUUAUAUUCCAUUGAUACUUCGAAUGCUCAUCUUGCCGAUUUCUCCGCAUUUAUCCCUUUGUUACGAGCUUCUUUAAGUUAUUCUACUUUGAUACUGAACA